AUGGAUGGUGACAACAACGCUGAAUCUCUAAGGACUCCACUUCUAGGAGACGCCCAGGAGAAUAAUGAUGAAGAAGCUGUCGUUGUAGAUGAAACAGCAGAUCAGGAACAACCAGAGGCUGAAGACGAUGACUCGGAAACUGAUACUGUUCCCACAAGAAAUUCAGAAGCAUCAUCGUUGUGGUCCCGAAUUUUGCACACCAACGUUUUGCCGGAUGCGAAUCUCUUUUUAGAGGGAGACUAUCUACCGGACGCAAGUUACCCGUUGAAACUGAUCAAGUUUAUUGGAUUGACCGUGGGAAUGAUUGCGCUCAUUCACACUUUUGUGCGAACCAAUUCUCAUUUUUCGUCGGACCGGGAUCGGAAAUUGCAGCUGUGGCAGAUUGCCGUCUUUGAAGGCAAUUACAUCAUAUCGGAUUCCAUCAUCUUUUUCAUGGUGGGGAGAUUAUGGAAACAACGUGGAGUAGACCAUUUGGCUUGGAUAUUGGUGGUUCUCCUGUGCAAUUCGUAUUUUGAAUGUCAACAUUUUUUCUCAUGGCUUCGACACAGUGCCACGCUCUACGAAAUGCAUUGUAUCUGGCCAUGGCAACUAUGGGCCUUUGCUGGUACGCUUAUUCCACUGAUUGGAGGCGUUGUAUGGCUACACGUUCAAAAAGCUUGGAAAGAUGGAAUAUUUGGAAUCAAGAUAUUGGAAAUGUCCCUUAUUGCAUUCUUCUACCUUGGGCCGACAAUAACAUCUCCUUACUUCCAUUUUCAUCAUUGGUUCGCGGGUUGGAUUCUUGGAAUGCAUUGCAAUUUUGACGUUUGGUGGUCUCGUGCCGCCAUGGCUUGGUGCUGGGGCAUGUACAUUAAUGGAAUCGCUGUCUAUGGUCGCGAUCCGAUUCUGACCUGUGAGUAUGCCUACUUUGUUUCCACAGACAACAGGUGCCCUUUUGUGGAUCAAGAAACUGCUGCUAGCGCUUUUGACUAUUCGUCAUCGUUGUUUUUCGGAUCAUUCAAUGAUGUGUUGUUGAACAAGAUGGAUCCACCAGCAGAUUGGCGAAAUUGCUCAGCACAUGGGUAUCAUCCCUAG